AUGGGAUUAAAAUAUUCGGCCUUAUUUGUCUUUGCGUUAUUGAUUCACUUGACCGUGUACAAUCUUUCGAACAUAAAUAUAUUUAAUACAAGUUUUUAUUCUGAAGAUGCCGAAAAUUUCGAAAAAAAAUAUUUUUUUAGCUAUUUAGGGAUGACAUAUGAUAUUAUCAAGGGAAAUCCUCUAGGAGAUCCGCUAUUUGUAACAGAUUUGGGAUACAAAAGAUAUAUCCUUAAAGAUAAAAUAGAAUUAGAUGAUAUGUUAAUAGAUGAUGAAAAAAAAAAAUCGAAAUUAUAUUAUACUGUAUCAAAACGCAAAAAAAUAAAAUGUUUGCAUUCUAAGAAACCAAAUAUAAUCAAUGAAUUAAGUGAUAUAAAUAAUGAAUAUAAAAGUUAUAAAUUCCCAUCUCAAUUUGAAAUUUAUCCUUUUAAUGCUUCUAAUUAUUAUAAACUCUUAGUUGAAAAAAUCAACAACGGAAAUUCAAUAAUUAUAGAUAAAAAAAUUUGCUCUAAAUAUUUUGCUUCAUUACAUGAAGUUAUCAGUGAUGAUUUAGAUUCAUUUUUUUUAAGUACAUUGAAUGAGUUAGGAAAUAAUUAUCAAGAUAUAAAAGGUGACAUAUAUAAAUGUAAUGUUCAAUUUUAUAAGUAUAAUAAAUAUAAUAAAAAUUGUUUAAAAACUAUAACCCCGUGGAUCACAUUUUUUAAUUUAUAUGGAACACAUUUAGUAUCAGAAGCUUAUUUUGGUGGUAUAAUUAUAAAUAAUUUAUAUGUGGAAAAUGAAAACAUAAAAUACAGUUCUCAUAAAAUUAAAUUAUACAAGAGAAGACUAAACCCUUUUUAUAAUAGCAAUUCUAACUUAUAUUUUGGUUCUAUUAUAUCCAAAGAAAAAAUUAUUUAUAUUAAAGAAAGGGAUUUAAUGUUAAACGGAGGAAAUAAAAUAAUAUUUGAAAAAUCUAUAAAACAAAAUUCUUAUAAAAAAUGGGAAGAUUCCAUAAAAGGAAACUUAGCUAAGCCAGUUAAAUUAAUUUUUAUUCCCUUUGCUGAAUUUAUUAUUUCAAAAGAUGGAAAGGUUGCAUACUAUGAGGCAUUAGAGUUUUAUUCCAAUUUAAGUUAUUCUAACUAUAAUCCAUACAAUUUCCAGUUAGAUAAAAGUGAGGAAGACUUGUAUAGAAUGUACAUAAAAAAAUGGAACCAAUAUAUAGAUAAAAAUGUAAAUUUCAAUAUAUCAUCUAAAUGUAAAAAAGAAGAUAAAAUUAUAAGUGGCUUUAUCAUUACAAAUAAAAAAAAGAUUUACGGUGAUAAUACUACAAUGCACAUAUGCCCAUCCUCCAAUGAAUGUUCAAGUGGAAUAAAUAUAGAAAAUGAUAGAAGCUUUGAAUUUGGUUGGAUUUUAUGUAGUUAUGAAAACAUUAACGAAAUAAAACAAAUAAAAAAAGUAGUUAAUGGAAAAGGAGAAGUAACUUGUCCACCUCAAAUGAAGAUAGGUUUUGGAUUUUCAAUUACAACUCAAAAAUCUAUUAGCUCAAAUAUUAGUAUUGAACCAUGUAAAAGCAAUAAAAAAAGUUGCAAAAGUAAAAAUGUAGAUGAAAAUUCACAAAGUUUUCUUUGGAUCAAUUGUUUUCCAAACAGCAAAAAAAAAUUAAUAGAAACUUUAGAAUCAAAAUCUUAUACCAAGAAAAUUUACUUAAAUGAUACUACUAUUAUCAGUUUAAAAUGCUCAAAAGGAAAAUUUAUUAUUGCAGGAUUUGCAGUUGAUUAUAUUUCAUCAAGUGUUCCUGAUUACUUAAUUUGCCCUAUUGGAAGUUCUGUCUGUGAUUUAAAAAUUCGUGUUAAAGAAAUAAAUAACCAAGAAAUACAUGUUCCUAUAAUUUAUAUUAUUUGUUCUUCUCUUUAA